AUGGCGACCGCAAACAAAAAGCAACAGGCGCAGACUUUAACGCUCUUAACAAUAGAGACAUUGGAAAGGGAAUUACACAAGAAUUUGAAAAGUUAUGAUGAAGCUUGCAGAGACAAUUUGUUGGAAGCAGCAGAAACAGCUUACGAACUAGCUGAUGACAGAGCGCUAAGGCUUCUUAAGCAUUAUAGAGAUGUCAUACCCCAACUAGACGCCGAGAUGCAAGCAAGAUAUGUCGACAAACACGAAGAGUUUGUAGACCGUCAUCAUACAAUGGUUAUCGAUUGGAAAAGAAGAAGGCCAACUGCACCUUCGGAAAGAGAACCCUCUGAACAUUCGGAAAAUUCGGAUGAAGAGGAGACAACUCCGACAACAACAGGAAACGUUGCGCAAGCAACAGGUGUACAAGCAACCAAUACAGUUGCACUGCAACAACAGCAAAACUUCAUGAGCAUUGCUCAUCUGCUACCAAGAAUUGAAUUAGCCAAAUUUGAAGGGGAUUCAAACAAAUGGAGAGAUUGGUGGGCGAUUUUUCGAACACUUAUACACGAAAAUCCAUCACUACGACCCAUCGAAAAAUUCAGCAGAUUGAAGAUGCACAUGAGCGAAGACGCUGCUGGUGCAAUAUCAUACCUGGACUUAACAGAAGAAAAUUACACCAAGGCAAUCGACAUUUUAAAUGGGAAAUACAACAGGCCGAGAUCAGCAAGAGCAGACCACUACAUCGCAAUUACGGAAUUGCCUAGGGUAGAUCGAGUAGAAGACUACAAGGCAAUGAGGAAGUUGCACGACAGAGCAAUGGGUCACGCCUUGAAUCUUGGCGACUUAGAAAAGAAUUCUGCACAAAAUGAAGCAAUUUCAGAGAUAAUUACAAGAAAACUACCUCUUGAAUUAGUUUCAAGAUGGCAUGGGGAAACAAGAAGAUCCCGUAAAACGUUAAAAGAUCUCUUUACCUUCAUCGACAGUGUAGCAGAAGAUUGGGAAUAUGCGUUCUCGACUGAAAAGAACGAGAAGAAAAAACCUAAGCAAGAGGCUACUGAAAAAGCAAAUCGAGUAACAUUUGCAUCCACACCAACGGCAGCGGAAUUAGCAGUGACAGGAACUACAACAAUACAUCCGAAAGAUCGAAAAGAGAAGACCUCAACAACAAUAAAAAGACCAUGUUUGUUCUGCAAAGACAAACACCCCACGUACAAAUGCGAAGUCGCAAUAGAGAAGAAACUAGAGCAAGUUCGGAAGGAGAAAAGGUGUUGGAGGUGCCUCGGACAGAGUCACCAAGUGAGAGCCUGUUGGAAGACAAGCAAUUGCGCCAAAUGUGGCAAGGGUCACCAUACAGCCAUCUGUAAUCAGACAGUUCGGGCGAAAACAGUGACAGCUACGGUAGCAGCGUCCCCAAUGUUAAAGGCAGCAGAUGACGCUCCACUCUCAAUAGAAGCACGCCUAUUCGGUGGCGUGUACGUCCAAACAGCAACUGUUAUAGUGGAAGGGCCAAACGGUUGGCACAAAGCUAUAGCGUACAUUGAUCAAGGAUCAAAUGCAACACUGAUCCGAAGCGAACUCGCUCAAACUCUAGGACUUCAGGAAGUGGGAAAAAUCAAAUUGAAACUUCAGGCAGUGGGUCAUCUACACCCAGAAAAGGAACGAAGUGUAAGAAAGUUACGACUACGCGGGAUAAUUCCGGAUGCCGAAUCAAUUGAUUUAGAGGCGAUUGAGCAACCCGAAAUAGGAAAGGUUGCUGGAUCGACAAAGACCGAAUUCGUCAGUGAACUCUGGAACCAAGGUUACAAGUUGGCUGAUGAUAGAAUUUUGAGCGGGACAGCAGGACCUUGCCAAAUAGACAUUUUGAUUGGAGCCAAUCAAGUCUGGAAGGUACUAGGCUCAAAACAGAUCGUUUCGAAGACUGGAAUUAGAGCCAUCGAAAGCAAAUUGGGUUGGUUACUACUUGGGCAGGAUGAGACAGUUGCGAUUUCCACCACUACGGCGAUCGGCUUCCUCCUAAAGGCAAAAGAAGGAACACCACAAUACCCAAUGCAAGGCCCGAAUUCGAACAGAAACGAUGAAAUUGAUUUUGCGAAGUGGUGGAAAUUAGAAAGUCUAGAUCCACUAGAAAAUGUGCCACUUUCGGAUCGCUGGAAAUCUUAUACAGACUCCAUCAAACAAGACGAAGAUGGACAUUAUGUCGCACCGCUCCCAUGGAACGGGAACAAAAAAUACCUCAGCAAGAAUGACGCCAUGGCAGAAGGUCAGGCAAGGGCGCUGAUGAAAAGGAUGGAGAAGGAUAACGAGAUGAAGACUUCAUACGAAGCUGAGUUCAGAAAACUGAAAGAACUUAGAUUCAUCUCUAAAGCAGACACCAAUUUUAAGGGUAUCUACACGAUUCUACCCCAUCACCCAGUUGUCCGUAAAGACAAAAUCACCAGCAAAGUGAGACCUGUUUUCAAUGGUUCUGCGAAGCCGAAAACAGGAUUCAGCGCCAACGACUGUCUCGAAGAAGGACCCAAUCUGAAUCCUGACAUUCUUGAUGUUAUCCUGACGUUUAGGCUAAAUCCAAUUGCCUGGACAGCUGAUAUCCGACAAGCAUUUUUAAUGGUAAAAUUGCUAAACGAGGACGCGGAAGCGUUAAGGUUCCUUUUAGAAGACGAAAACGUCCCAGGAACGCUGCAGACCUACAAAUGGAAUAGACUACCAUUUGGGCUAACAUGUAGCCCGGCAGUGCUCAGGACCGUCCUAAAGAAACACCUCGAGUCAUACAAAGGCGAACUAGCAGUAAGCAGUCGCCAAAUGUUACGGCAUCUAUAUGUAGACGACUACUUGUCAAAUGCGCCUACAUUAGAAGCAGCAAAGACCGUAAUCGGUACGGUACUCAAACUUUUUUCAGAGGCAAAGAUGGAAUUGAGAAAAUGGGUAACAAACGACCCGCAGCUGCGAGAGUAUCUACAACAGAGCAAUUUGACAGACGACUCAUCCGAUUCGUACUCGUGUCUUAAUUUAGACCCACAAAAGGUACUAGGAGUGAGGUGGAAUACCAGCACAGAUUGCUUCUAUUUCAAGUCUGACGUAAUCGUAGAUGUAGCCGCAAAAGUAAAAGUGCUAACAAAAAGAUCGUUUGCUAAAAUCUCGACCAAGCUUUUCGACCCCCUUGGAUUCAUUGGACCCAUAACACUACAGUUCAAGCUACUCUUCCAGGAAUUGUGGCAAGAAAAAAUCGGAUGGGAUGACAAUGUGAAUUCACAAACGGAGAGUCGAUUCAGAGCUAUAGUGGAAGAUUUGAAAGGUAUAGACAGAAUCCAAAUACCUCGCAUGAUCUCAACAGCACCGACAGAUGUAAUUCAAGAAUUACAUGUAUUCUGCGACGCUUCAACAAAAGCGUACGGAGCUGUAGCAUACGCCAAGUCAAGAAAUCCUGGAUUCAUCCGACUUGUUUGCUGUAAAACUAGGGCAGCACCACUCCCGAAAAACGAAGUUUCACUACCAAGGCUAGAACUGCUUAGCGCCGAACUCGGCAGUGUCUUAGCUGAACGAAUCGUAAACGCAAUUGACAAAGUGAAGUGGGAAGUGACACUAUGGACUGACUCUAUGGCAGCGUUAGGUUGGAUCAAAGGAGAUCCAGGGCGAUGGAAACUAUUCGUACGGAAUAGAGUAGAGACAAUUCAGAAGAGAUUCAAACCAGAACACUGGAAACACUGUCCUGGAAAAGACAACCCAGCGGAUUUCGCAUCUCGAAGUUGCUCCGUCAAGAAGUUGACAGAGGCUUUUUCCUGGUGGGGAGGUCCCUCCUGGCUGAAACAAGAAUCGUCUGAAUGGCCUCAGCAAGACAACCCAACUUCGGAUGACCUACAAUUAAUGGAAGUCGAAACGAAAUCCAAACAGAGAAUGCAAAUUCUAGCAGUUUUCAACAUGCCAGAUUGGUUGGAUUCACUGGUUUUGAGAGUAAGCAGUUAUCUGCGAUUACUGAGAACAAUAGCCUGGAUGUACAGACUCAUGAAGAAGUUACCGCCCGGUAAGGCAAUAGAAACAGUCGGAGUAGCAGAAAUUCAUUGCCUCUCUGUCUGCGAAAUCAGCACCGCCGAGAACUUCAUUCUAAGGACUAUUCAACAGAAAGCGUUCCCAGAAAUUUAUGGAUCCCUUAAAGAAGGAAAAUCCAACAAGAAACUGCUACGCGAUCUCGACACAUUACGACCAAUUUGGGACGAAAAACAACAACUGAUACGAGUGACAGGUAGAGUAGGUCCAGCCUUAAGAGAUCUACUUAUUGAACCACCGAUACUUCUCCCUGCAAAUGAGAGAAUAGUCGACUUGCUGAUCCACCAUCAUCAUGUCAAACGGAAACACACCGGUGUUCAAUCAACAUUAACCUAUCUCCGUAAUCGGUUCUGGAUUAUUCGUGCUCGACAACGCAUCAAGAGUGUCAUCAAGCAUUGUGGGAAAUGCCAACGAGCUCAAUCGCGCCCUUUCGACGAAGAAGCCGCUUCCAUGCCUUUGGAUCGUACCAAGAAGGCACAGCCAUUCGAAAUCAUUGGAAUUGAUUAUUUCGGGCCGAUGUACGUUUUGGAAGAGGUCCUUUUGAUUGAGAAAGACAAGGAAGGGAACGAUGUCGAGAAAACUCGAAUUGGUGAAAAGAAGGUGCACGCGUGUUUAUUCACUUGUGCCGUCACAAGAGCUGUACAUCUUGAGCUCGUGACAGACCUUACCACGAAAACGUUCAUGCUCGCUCUACGCAGAAUGAUGUCCAGAAGAGAAGAUUGUAAGACAAUCUAUAGCGAUAACGCAUCAACAUUCACAUGCGCCGCUAAACUUGUAACAGAAGACCCUACUUUAGCAAAUUGGCUAUCAAGUAAGGGAAUUGAGUGGAAAUUCUCUCCGAGCUUGGCACCCUGGUGGGGCGGGUUUUGGGAGAGAAUGGUGCGUUCGGUAAAGGAACCGUUACGCAAGGUAUUAGGGAAAAUGAAGGUGAGCUACGAUCAACUUCACACCAUCCUGGUGGAAAUUGAAGCAAUCGUGAACUCACGACCCCUCACAUAUGUUUCCGGAGACGCACAAGCGUAUGAAGUGCUAUCUCCACAAAGACUUUUGACUGGAAGACAGCCUGGCGCCACGACGGAGACUUCCGAGCUGACCACAAUGAGCCGCAACGAGCUGAUCGACUUAGAUAAGCAACGUAGCGAACACGCUCUAACUUGGUGGAGGCUAUGGCAAGAAUCUUACUUGUCCGACUUAAAAAGAUUCCAUUGUCGCAAGGGAAAGGGUACUAGAAUCCCCCGCGUUGGCGAAAUCGUCCUGCUAAAGGAGCCAAAUAUCAAGCGUGUUUCAUGGCCUACGGCCAUUAUAACGGAAUUGAUUCCCGGCUAUGACGGCAAGAUACGAGCUGUAAAGUUACGUCUUCGUUCAGAAAAGGAAACAACACGAGGUCUCCAGACCAUUUAUCCAUUGGAAAUUCAACAUGACGUGGAUCCGCCCGUCAAUGUUUCCGUAGACGGAUCUAGAGAAGCCGAGGCUGGCCAAGAAGAAGGAGGUGCAUCCGCGCCUAAGAAGAAACCCCCCUGCAAGAAGAAAAAGGAAUCGCCGAGGAGGACUCGCGAUUCCGGCGGGGAGGAUGUUGCGGAUCACGACCCGCCACCUGACGGACAAUUAACUAGGUCGGGCCGACUAGUUCGCAAGCCCACUAUUUUUGAUUUAUAGUAUGUGUAAGGCCGCCAGGGGUGCUGUGUUCAGCGUCUUCUUGGUGGCCGAUCUCGGUUAAUGUUCCUUCUUCGCAAUUGUUCAACAAGGUAGAGCAGACGCUAUUAUAAGUUGUGUCAGAGUCUGAAUAAAAGCUAGAGAAUCAGCAACAAUUUACCUGAGUCAAGUGUCUUCAAAUCAGUAAUUACUUAUCAGGUAUUAUCAGUAAGAGUAAUUAUUGUCACAUGGUACAUUGACGGCCAACUGGAAAUCCUGAAUGGCUCGUGAUGAACGGGUAAUAACACACCCUUUUUUAAUGCUUGCAAACAUGCAGAUGUCAGAUUGAACGAACAAUCCAUUUAAUCCGCUUUGUUGAAUGCAAAUGCUUACACUUUCCUGCCAUCGCCAUUACGCAAAUGGCAUUGCUGAACCAUAAAAUUACGCAAAAAAGAUUUCCCUAAAACGACCUUUGGCGGUGCUAUGGAUACCAACAAGUAGACAUCGUAAAACAAGUACACAAAAGUUUAUAUACUGACGCAUUUCACUCAAUAAGAAAGCACUUUACGUAUUAAAGACCUUGUAAAUUUAACAGACAAAGUCUCCAAAUAUAGCAAAUAUGUCGUUUGUUACUCGAUAACAAACGGUGGGUGCCAUAGUAACAAACUUUAUACGUUUGCGAAACGCUGCUAAAAAUAAGGACUUUGCAAGACAGUUAACGCUCGUAUCAGACAGCAAUCUCCAUGGUGAUGGUAAUGGAGUUUCAACAUCCAAACCAGCGACAGACAACUGUGUUUUUCUCACAAAAGAUGGAAGUUUUGGCCCUUUUGGAACUCAAGAAACAGAGCAUCACCGUAGCAACUGGCGAAUCGCAACUGGGCUCAUGGAUUUCGUAUUCUGACCGACAGGUCAACAACUACAUCAGACAAUCGGCCAAUCCUUGACCUUCUACAUGGAAUACUGACCGUUGUGUGUUAUGAAUUAUUCAAUAGCCACAGAUCAGAAUCCAUUUCUGUGAUUACAACUCCAGUAACGGCAAAAUGCGUCUUACUCGGGGAGCUCGAUCCUCGACGUAUACCCUCACUGGAACAAGGGGCAACAGCCGUUAUAAUCUUCUAUCAGAUUGCGAGUACAAGUUAACGAUAAAAGAUUACUGGCUUUGCCGUUGGCCGGAGAUGGACAUUUAACCCGCACUUGAAACCAUGUCGCUUGAAAUUCGUGAUGGCCUUUUGUACAAGUUUUUCACCAAACUGGCGGGGAAAACAAUGAAGACUUAUGCGAGUCAGGGAGCGAAACCUCCGCAGGGAAAUCAAUAGAGUUUGUCUCUAUUGGACUGCAGACUCUAUCGUAUAGAUGCAGUGGACCAAACUCGUAUCACAGAGGUUUUCACGUCAGCUUGCCGAUGUAUCUAUGGUAGGGUUCAAAUAAUGUACCCUAUAGCACCUACUUUCGCCUGCUUACUGACUUGUUUCAUUGUUCUUUUUAUUCAAUUCUUUUUUUUUUUUAUACGCUGAAGAAAAGAAUGGAAUGGUAAGUCUCUUUUUGAUUAAAAGUUUGAUAGAAAAAAUAAUAAAACUCUCUCCGAACAGGACGUCUGUCUUGUCGAUCAUCGACCGAAUUCCCUUGUGCGACAGACGGACGAUUUAAUUUUUUAUUCAACAUUAAAGAAUAGCGAAUAAAUAUAGAUGGCUAAACAGCUUCCAUGGUGUCGGGAUAAAGAGGGUGGUGGGGAAUACUGAAAGAUUUAUCGGUUGGCCUAAAGAGAUUCCAUCAAGAGCGUUCAUGUCCUAUAUAUCAAUACGGCCGUCUUCGCCCGUCGCUAUUGGUCAAAAGACCGAUGUAUAAUUUUUUUUUCUCCCUUCCCAAACCAUAGAUCUCCAUUUUCCUAUUUUACAUCGCAAGUUCGUGAUGGACUUGAGAUCAGAACGGGGUGGUAGCCGACUUCAUGCUUAUGGAUAGAUUGUAACAGCACGAUUUUCUUUUCGUUUUUCCUCUGCUCUCCAUAUUGCGCCAUGAAGUGUAAUAAAAGAGCAAGAAGAAAAAUAUGAAACGUUCUUUUCAAAAAGAAAAAGAAUUUUUUUUUUUUUCAUAAAAGCUCUUUUAUAUUCGGCUGCAGAGCCGUUAAACAUUAAAGCCUUUACUUUUUACUCUCAAGUUUAUCCGUAAUGGUAGAUAGGACGGUCUGAUGGGAACACGAGUUAAUCGAGUUUUUUUUUUAAAGGCUUCCUGAUAGACUACGACGUCCGAUCCAAAUAAUCCUGCAAUGCAAGAGGAGAACAACGAGCCUCGCAUAACCAAUGAACGUCCAAACAGCCUAACGCUAAAAAAGAGACAGAUGGCAGCCGACAGAGAAACAACUAUAAAAUGUCAUUACAGUGCGAUUCAUUUUCCAUUUUGCCAGCGAUGCUCGUUUGCCAUCAAAAAGUUUUAUUUUUCAAUUUUCGGGUAUCGUUGUCGUCAAGCCCAAAUGGACGAUGAUGAAACUAUAUACGAGGAUGAUGGAUGAAGAUUGGCUUUGGAUUCUUUGGCAUGGUUUGUCCUUUCUCCCCCCCCUUUUUUUCUGUGGCUAUACUCUUGUCUCUCACGAUGAUUGCACGACCGCAAUUCUCGUCUUAUCUGUCGCUUAUUUUCUCCCAACGUUUUUUGGCUUCGAAUUCGAUGGUCCUUUUUUUCAAAACGAAAGAGUUGUGAGUUAAUAUUGUGAGUGUAAGAAAAUAAGAUAAGUCUUCCUUUCGUUGUGAAGAACUCGAAAAAGAAAAUGUGGGAUAGUAAAACUGGGGAAAUCUAUCGUAUAAAAGGGAACAAACAAAAAAAGGAGGGGAAGAGGAGCGAGGAUUUUAUUUCCGUCCUGGUCGUGGUGCGGUUUCUGACAAGCCGCCGACCGAGUUCUCUUGUUCCAACUUUUGUCUUUACACUUUUCUUUCUUUUUUUUUCCCUUCUCCAUUUUUACAUGGGCUUGAUGCUGCAGCGUAUAUAAAAAGACAACGUUGGAAAAGGGGGGGAGAGCAAAACAAAAGGAAAGAUGCAGGUUCCUAUCCGUUUUUAAAGGAGCUACAGGGGAAGCUUCCGCGUGAGCGAAACGCCUCAAAAACCAUCUGUGUAUAGUUGCGUGUCUCUCGGUUCGUUUCCUGGCUGGCAUUUGCCGCGGGGCCGUGAAGCUGCCAACCAGCGAGGUUGCCGUACCAUUCAACUAUUUUUUUUUUUAUUUUAACAUUUCCGACGUCAUAAAGUUUUGUUUCUUUUUUUAAAAUAUCUUAGUCACUCGGUCGAGGUCUUUCACUAUUGCCACUCGUCGUGAAAAGGUGACUUACUCGACCCAGACUAUCCACAUGCAAUUCGUGGAAUUGAUUCAAAGUAUUGGAUUUUUUUUCUUCUGAAGGAUUCAACGUUUUUGUUUUGUUUUCAAUGCAGAAAAUCUGCUGCUUUCGUCGACUGCAAACGUGAAAGUGGGGGCGGGUCGUGAGGCCGUCGGCUAAAAGGCAGUUGAGUGCCGUGUGUCUUGAGGGAAAAGUGAAAGAAACAAAACAAAAGAAGAGCAAGACCGUUUAAAAGUUGUUGGGCAACUGCGUUCUCCGUGGCAGUCGACGGCUGGACCUUCUCGUUUUCGUGUGUGUGUUUCGCAUAGUCUGUCGUGCACGUUGGCCGAGAUUGUGACCGCCGAAUAAAGGGAAAUUCAAAUGAUCCGUCAAACGAGUUGUUGCAUCCAUAACGUUGUCUGAUAAUCAAGUGCGAACCCACAAUGGCCACCAAACAAGAAAUGGCCGAACUCGAUCAGAUGGAAACUGGAUCCAAUCAUCCUUCUUUAGAAGCCGUCGGCUACAACAUCAACCGAGAAUUGUCAAUCGAAAACAAAACGAAAAUCUAGUUCAACGAGUUUGGAAGUGAGUGACGCUAUAAAAAGCUGUGAUUGUUGCGACUUGAAAUUGAAUCGCACUGUGAACGCUAGCGGUUUUAACUAGCAAGACUUUUUCUUAAGACUAAACCGGGAGAGACCCACCGCGUUCAAACCGGAAUUAAUACGGGAGGCAAUCGCAACGGUGACUCACGAUGACCCCCUAACCUAACUGACUAUCUGUAUCGCAAUCUCUGUAACUGGAGUCUUGAUUCGAUUCGACGCGGUACCGCAUUUCUACGUCAUAACCAUCACCUUUCGGAGAGAAUGGACCGCAAGACUCCGUUCAUAGCCUUUUAAACGACUUCCUAUGGAUGGAAGACGUCCGGUUUUUUUUUUUUAUUUUUCCCCUGGCAUUGUUCCGCUCUCUUUUGGUCACCGGUGCUAUUAAUGUCGAAUCGCCCGCAAUAAAUCUCUUUACCUUCCCCUUCAA